AUGAGAGGUAGCCAAAUUAUGGCUAGAAAGGGAUCUGACAUGAGUGGUCAGGUAGCGGAACUACAGGAUAGCCGCCAACAAAGAGAUACAACUCAGGAUGUGAGGGACGACAAUUCACCCCCAAACAAGUCGAAUUUCGAUGCAAUUCAUUCGACACAGAAGACGGGCAAUAUAAAACAACUGCAACUGCAACUGCAACUGCAACCACAACAAUCCUUUCUCAAUCCUCGACAACCAUCAGUCUACCAAAAACGCGUUAGCUACAUCCCAAAUACAAACUUUUCAGGAAACAAAAGCUCACUCUUGAUACAGGAUAAUGACGACUCCCCUCAACCUUCUGUUCCAAACACAUUCCAUUACAAGUCCCACCCUAACGCAAAGUCAAAAGAGCUAGGCGGCAGCAUGCUUGCAGAUGACGACCAUCAAAACUCUGUGCAUCACAAUUCGCAAGCUUCUGGAGCUACGCCUCAAUGGAUGCCAGAAGUAUUGGGGGACAAGUGGAUUCAGUCUCUGGCCAUUAACGAGCCCACCACCAAUACUGGGCCCAGCACUUUGAACCGCAAUAUCAAGUCUAUGGAGUUUCAACCUAGUAGUACAGUGAUUCACAACUCCGACUUACAAAUGAAUGAAAAUUUACCAUGGAAACCAACAGCCGAAAGUCCCGCUGAGAAGAACUUGCGAGGUAUAUUCCAAAACUCAAAAGAGUUAUCCACGAAAGAGGAAUCGACGUCAUCUGUAACAUCUACUCCAAUAGUAGGUACAACUGGACGACGGGCCUCACGUCUCCCAGUCGCAUUCAGUUUAAACGAGUUAAAACCUCAGUCUCCAUUGAAGUUGUACAAUGAUAAUUACAACACAUUCACAAGGAAUAAGCUAGAGGGUGUGUUACAAAACAUUGCGUCAAAUAAAAACACUCCAGCUCAGGCAAAUGACAGGCCUAGCAGGCCUAGCGCAAAAGGCAGUGUCUGGCAAAAUCCCCCGUUGAUUGAAAACGCACAAACGACCAAUAUACCUCCCAAAUUGAGCAUCAAAGACUUUACCAAAUCAAGGGAAUACACCUCCAGUGCAUACAAGGCGAACGCAGACGAUGUAUUUUCCCGACUUAUGAAGAAGGGCCCCAAAGGACACAUUGAGCAAUUGAGGAAUGUAUCGAAAGAGACUGCAACAUCGACGCCCAAAAAGGUUAGUCCUGAAUUUGCAGAGGAGAACCAGGAAACGCAAUACUCGUCAUUUAGUACUGGAUAUAACUCAGAUGAUAAUAGUGCGCCUGUAGAUGCUAAUGCUCGGUCCCAUCAAGUAUCAGACGAGUUCACUUCUAUUACGAAUAAUUCGGAAACCAAAAGCAAAAGUAAAGUAGAAAUGAAUGGGGGUGGCUCCGACAUAACUUAUGAUUCACCCUCGGAGUUAGCAGAGGAGGUUGCAAACGUGCAAGGGCCCUUGUAUACCCAAGAUUUGACAAAUUCACACACCUCGGAAUGUACCCAGUCAAAGUCGUCACAAAAUAGAGACACUAAUCGUCUGGACCUGUUGGGAACACUGAGCAUACACAGCGAAGAGAAUGACUCUGUUGGCACGAUUCAAUUGAAAUCGAGUUCCAAACUACGAGGCAAGUUCAUCACCCCCCUCGUAAAUGGCAAGGUAGAACCUGAUAUUAGUUUGUCUCAAGAGUAUCCGGGAAUGGUUUAUGAUCCUGUAAACCUCAAAUGGAUAAGCACCGGGCAACAGAAUGUUACCUUGGAUGAUAUAGCUGAUUUAACAGAUGAUGAAGCUGAAUUAACUGGAAUUUUGAAAAAGAAAACCAACAAGGCAAGAAAGGGUAAGUUUGAAGUGUCAUUUCAAGACCCAGAUUCCUUUCACAGAGAUGAGGGGCAUCGUGAUAGUGCUUUCGUUGCUGGCGAUGUCACAAAGCUAUCUCAGCUAUUGGAUACUUCGUUUUCUGAAUCUAGAAGGAGGCUCGUCUCCACAUUGACCGAUGUAUUGGAAUCGGAAUUGGAAGUGCUGUCAUGGGAAGAGGUUGAGUGCAUUGACUUGUCUCAACGCAAGUUGAGUUCCUUGGUCGACUUGUUUCAAUUUUUACCAAAGUUGAGGAAAUUGAAUGCAGCAAGUAAUGACAUAAAAUACUUAGCCGGUCUUCCAAGCAGUAUCGUUGACCUUGAUCUAUCACACAAUAAAGUUGAAGAUAGGAGUUCAUUCUCUGAAUUGAGAGAUUUACAUCAUCUCGUGCUCGAGCAUAACCUAUUGACAGAAACAUUGAAUCUUUGCAGAAACAUCAAUUUGACAGUGUUGGGGUUGUCGCAUAAUAAUAUUGAUGACAUCAGUGGUUUAAAAAGCUUAUCCAACUUGUUUUACUUAGACUUGUCUUUCAACAAAUUGCAGGUUUUGAAUAUGCAUGAUUUUGAGUUGCCGCAUCUCCAGGAGUUGAAUGUAUCAAACAACUCAAUCAGCGAAAUAGAUGGUAUCGAGCACCUAAUCUCAUUGAGGAUUUUAAAUUGCAACAAAAACCAAAUUGCAAAGGUAAACUUUACAAACACUAGCAUGAGGAAGUUGUUGCUUAACCAAAAUAAGUUGAGCUGUUUAGACCUCAGGGGUCUCAGGCAAUUGUAUUGUGUGAGAUUUGACGGAAAUUCGGUAUCAAAGGUACAUUUUCCUGCUGGUAACCAUAUUGAGCUGAUAUCGAUGAAGUCACAGCCACAUAUGAGUCAGAUUUGGGACAGCACUGCCCCGCAAUGUGACCAAUUGAGGCGUUUGGACCUAUCGGGAAAUCGGUUAAUUCCAAGCACUGUUUUCCCAUUUAUCAGCGAUUUAAACCUCUCAGCCGUGAACAUGAGGCAAUUGCCUCCUGAUUUUGCACAGUUAUUCCCAAAUGUGCAAUACUUGAACCUAAGUUUCAACAAAUUGGAAUCUAUUGAACCAUUGUCAGACUUGCAAAGGUUGAAGAAGUUGUGGCUUGUAAGUAACAGACUAACCAAUGUUCGUCUCACAAUGAAGCACCUCCAAAAUUGCAAGCACGAGUUGGUGUUGCUUGACCAGCGGUUGAACUCUUUCACCAAGGUAUUUUAUGAUUAUGUUUUUACACCGAAUGAAGCUGAUUUUGAGAUUGAAUUAGCUACAGUUGACGAUAUAGAAGGUUUCACCGAGAGAUUGGACGAAUUGGAUCGCACUCGUGAAUGGGAGGAUCGGGACGUGCUAUUUCAAAGUGAAUUGGGAAGAAGGGGGAAUUUGAGUACAAUCAAUGAGAGAAACGUUUAUCAAAGCUCAGUGGUAUUGUUUUUCAAACACUUGAAAAGCCUUGAUGGGAUAACAAUCUCCAAUGCGUUUCGAGAAGCUGCCUAUCAGUUGCGCAAGAAGAUUCGUUCUAGAAAGAGUAUAUAG